AGAAGUCUCACUUCGUCGCAUGCUCUGAGUAUGAGCAAUUCUCGGAUGUGGGAGGCAGCACCUGGUUCUCGAAUUGAUGCAAGACAUCGUUCCCAUUCCCGUGCUUCAUCCGUCCACUCAGAUGUUUCUUACGGAGAAGUCCUCGUCUCUCAUGCAGGUCUGCUAGGGCCCAGUCCCGACAUCUAUUAUCCAGACGCCUAUCCGCCUGCCGUCUCUCUCCCCUCCAACUCGCCGCCUCGUGUUCAAAUCGACCUUCCAUCUCCCACGUCGAACAUCGAACAUACUCAUCCUCAGUCAAAUGGAGACCACUACUCGUUUGUUACUGAUUCUUCAGAUGACACGUCGUCUCUGGGAUCUCUUGUUGAUACUGAACACGAGUCAACACCACCGACGAUCCGGCUCCGAUCGCCAUCUCACCCAAGGACGCCUGUCUGGCAUCUCAACUUCGAUGUAGCACCUCAGCUUCGUGAGGUGCCUCCCGCUUAUUCCCUAUCAGCCUCCCGACCACUCUCGCCGGAGCCCACGAAUAUCGUAAACCCUUCACCAGGUAGGACCAUAGAUGCGCAGAUUGCAGAUGCAGGCCGUCAAGUUUAUCUGCCAUACACACCGCUAGAUUCACAUAGCUCGGCCGAGGUCUUGAUACCUCCCAGAGUACCCACUCUUCGACGGGUCCCGACCCCUCGCUUGCCGACGCCGACGCCUUCUCUUCGAAGUUCAAUCGUGGACACACAAGAACGGCCUCGAUCUACCCAACCCGUCUCUGGUGCUACAAUGUCUUCGUCUCACAUUGACGUCCCUAGCGAGUCGACUGUUCUAUCAUCGUCAAGGCUAGUACCCUCAGUUGAUAGUUUCAGGACGUACUCCGAGGUGUCUGCUUCUGUGAACGGGCACGAGGACAGCGAGGAAAUAAUGCUCACUUCAGAUCUGCAGCGCGCAUCUCGGACGCUCUCCCUCCUACAAGCGUAUUUCGAGAUGCUCAAGCGGAGUUUCAUGCUCCCGCGCUCGGUCGACAUCGGCUGCGCAUCGUGGACCCUGCAGCAUGAUGCCGCGCGCGUCACGUCCGCGUCUGUGAUCUCCGCGCUGCGUGUCCUCGAGGAGAAGCGCAUACCGGAACACGAGCGUGGGAAGCUGAGCUUCACGCCGCUAAACGAGCCCGUGCACCGGUACAUUGAGGACCUGGACCGGCUCGUGGUGCACCUCGACGCGGUGCAGUGCGAGAAUGACGCGGCGGUGAAAGGCGUGCGGAAGCAGGUCGUGGUCAUGGUCAUGAGCGAGAUCGCGGCGGUCGAACGGUGGAUCAACUUGAUGUGCAUAACCGCGACCGCGCGCGACUGCCUCGGCGAUUUCUUCUAGAUGGACGGUGAGAUUUUUUGACUGAAUAUGUCGUUUUUUAUAUGCUUGCUUGCAUCGCUAUCGUUCGUGGUUUGAAGAAUGGUUCGGCUGUAUGAUGGCACUUACCCGUAAGAACAAUGUUAAGUACUCAUUAUUAUC